AUGGAUACUCCUUUUGAGACCCCCGUUUCUAGUGAGGCGACAUUCCCGGCUGAGCCUACCUUUACGGAGCCCCAGUCGCGUUCAACUCCUGCUGAAGCUUCGGCUGAAACUCCACCACAUUUCCAUGAACGUGUCAAAGUUGACAACAAGUCUCUGCGGGGAACAGUGGUAGGUUCCACCAGACCCACGUUGAUUCCAGUUCCGGCAUGGCUAAUCUUGGAUCCCGAUAAUCCAGAUUGGCUUAUGGCUGUUGAUGGAUGUCCUUCGAUUCGGGUUGACAAUCACAUGCAGUUUUAA